GUUUUUCAGAACCGGGAAGAUAAUUGUGACCAUUUCAAACUCAGAACUUAUUUCAAUAAGACAGACGUAGAACCCAAGGAACCGCAGUUCGCUACUUCUACAACACCAAGUCUGAAGUUUGAGCUUGAGCGCAUUACCUAAACGGUAGCGUUACUGUAACACGGAUUAUUGAUUUUAGCCUCUUAUUUCUUCAAGAUGGAGGUUGUUCAGCGACAUUCUGUGCACACACUUGUUUUCCGCUCUCUCAAGAGAACACAUGAUAUGUUUGAAGCUGACCAGAGUCGCCUUCCAGAAAUUGACCAGAAAAGUAAUUUAUUGAAGGUCGCUGUCAAAGCUAAAGAUCAGUAUGGUCCAGUUCUAAAGGAACCCAGUCAAAAUCCGCUGAAACCCAAAGAAGCUACUUCAGAUGCAUCUGAAUCUGGAGCUGUUGUUCCUUCUGAAAAGGUCAAGCCUAAGUCUGCAUUGGAACAGAACUCUUCUGUGGUUCAAAUCGGUAAUGAGAAACUGCUGUUGCCGAAAAAAGCUCCAACAAUGCCGAAACCAACUUGGCAUCCACCAUGGAAACUUUGUCGCGUUGUUAGCGGUCACACAGGAUGGGUGCGGUGUGUGGCUUUUGAUCCAACCAAUGAUUUCUUUGUUACUGGUGCUGCAGAUCGCAUGAUUAAGGUCUGGGAUUUCGCUAGUGGGACAUUAAAACUUACACUUACUGGUCAUAUAAGUACAGUUAGGGGUGUGGUUGUUAGUGCUCGUCAUCCGUAUUUGUUUUCCUGUGGAGAAGAUAAAACAGUUCGCUGUUGGGAUUUAGAGCAAAAUAAGGUUAUUAGGCAUUAUCAUGGGCAUAUGUCUGCUGUGUAUGAUAUCGAUAUUCACCCAACUAUUGAUGUGGUCCUUACAUGUGGUCGGGAUGCAACUGCACGGGUGUGGGACAUGAGAACCAAAGUUAAUGUACAUACUUUAACAGGACAUUCAAAUACGGUAGCAACUGUACGCUGUCAAGAAUCCGACCCUCAGGUCAUUACCGGCUCACAUGAUGCUACUGUCCGUUUGUGGGACUUGGCAGCAGGACGUACUUUAGCUUGUCUAACAAACCAUAAGAAGUCUGUUCGUGCUGUAUCUAUUCAUCCUACUCAAAAUGCAUUCGUUUCUGGCUCUCCUGAUAACAUCAAACAGUGGAAACUUCCUGCUGGUGUUUUCCUUCAAAAUCUUUCCGGACAUAAUGCUAUCAUUAAUGCUGUUGCCAUUAAUCAGGAUAAUGUGGUUGUCAGUGGAGGUGAUAAUGGCAGUGUUCACUUUUGGGACUGGAAAUCAGGUUACAACUUUCAGCGGCUUCAAGCGCAAGUUCAGCCUGGUAGUAUUGACUCUGAAGCUGGAAUAUUCGCCUUAGCAUUUGACCGUAGCGGAUCUCGUUUGGUCUCGUGUGAAGCCGACAAGACAAUUAAAAUUUUCAAGGAAGAUGAAACAGCGACGGAGGAAACGCAUCCAUUGUACUGGCGCCCUGGACUACUAAAGAAGUCUAGAUACUAAUCCUUAUACCAGUAUAGUUCUGCUCAACGUGUACAAUAUAAUUUCAGAUAGACAUUUUCUUGUUUUCUGCAUCACAUAUGAUCUGACGAAAUAUUCGUUUGCGGUUUGAUAUCUUAUUUAUUCCCAGCGCAAUCGUAUCAACAAUGAUGCUUACGUUGAAAAACCAUACCGUCUCUGGUUGUAAUUAUAAAUAGUCAGCUACUUACACAAUACUUUUUUUUAUCGAGUGAUCUUUGAAAUGCAUUCAUUAAUUACCA